AAAAGCAUUUCUUUUAUCCCAUUAUUAUUGCGUGAGGAAGAGAAGUAGGAAAAAAACACCCAAGUUCCGGAAAGACUUAAAUCUGUCGAUAGUCUCUUCCAAGUUGCUUGUGGUCGCCGCUAAUCGAUAAUCGGACAGAUCAGAAUUAUCUAAAUUCUUGCUGUCGGGAAGUAAAAGUUACAUAAAAUGAAUUUGGCGGAGCUGUUGGCAAUCUUCGGACCCGGCGUCGCAGGCGCGGUAUUCGGUGCCGGCUGGUGGUUUUGGGUGGACGCCAUCGUCUGCAGCUCCGUCCAAGUCCCAUUCGUUCACUACCUCCCUGGGAUUUUCGCGUCUCUGUCUGCUUUGAUGUUCAAUUGCGUGAGGAAAGAGGAUAUUGACUACUCACCGUAUGAAGAUGGUGAAUGGAGGUUGAAACUCUGGCUUUUCAUAGCAUAUGUUGUGUCCUUUGUCUCGUUAGCUGCUUCCGUCGGCUUGUUGAUACAAGAUACACUGGUAAAAUCUGGUCCUUCGGCAUGGACCGGAGUUGCAGGUGUCCUUCAAUGUGUGUUUGUGCUAAUCAGUGGCCUGAUUUAUUGGAUAUCUCACUCGGAAUGAUCUAGCAUGAGCCAAACAUCUCGUACUGGUGAAUUGAAGUUCUUUGGGUCAUCCAAACGUGUCGUUGUGCGUUGUUAUUCUGCUGGCACAGAAGUCGAGUUGACAUUUGUUUAUUGUGAACAAGUGUAAGUGGCUGUAAAUCGCUUUGGGAAGGCAUUAAUUUUGCGUUUUUUUUAUUGUGACCCAGGGGUUUUAUGCA